AUGUCUCAUCGCAGAACUGCCGUUAACACGUCCACAGCGAACCAACAUAUCGAUGUCACGCAGAAUUAUGCUCGUACCCGCAAAUCCGGGCGAGAUGAGGGCACACCUGCUCAAAGCCAAUCAUUCCUCAGAAAGCGCCACCAAAGGGCUAAUGAGAUCUACCAGAACGGACCACCAGGUGAGAGCCAAAUGCUCUGGGCAGGCGUCAGGAACUACCUGAACGAAAGGGAGACCGGUGUUGUCUUUGAAAUGUGCUCGCCCAAACGAACGGGUGAAGUUAUGCACAAACCGUCAUCAGAGUCUGCUGUUGGAUGUCAAGCGGCAGAUCAACCGCUACGCCAACCACGUGCAAUGGUACAUGGCAUGUCCGAAGGGGCAGACAAGCCGAGAGCACGAAAAGGCUCUGCAGUAAGUUACAGUGACAUCUCACGCACAUCACGUGAAGUGCCGAUCAAGAUCCGACGGACAGUCUUGGCUGUAGACACGAACAACCCCUUGCCACUGUCUUCUCCAUUGAGCGCUGCGCCUAAACAGCGCACGCGGAAAGCCAAAGGUCUUGAACCAUCAGUAUAUCAGCCUGAGGCACCGCGGCAAGGCAAUGAAGGGCGCUCAAAGCAUGCCGAACAAGAAACGCAGCCAACCAUCUGGCUGAAAGCCUCAACAAAAAAGCCCUUGAAUGCUCAUCUACACUCCACUCGUAAGUCGAAACCAAGCAAAGCAGACAAAGCACACGACGCUCUCAAGGCUAAAAUCUCCCGUCCUAUCCCCAUACCACCUAGCGUCAAUUUAUGUCCAACCCACCUCGCGCCACACCCAGGCACUAUGAGUGAGAAAGCGAAAGGUAGGCAAAAGAUUCCUUCAUCGCCGACCUGGCUUAACAAGCUGGCGCACCCUACAAUACCGACGCUACCAACAAUGCACAAGACGAAGAAGCGACCAGACUCGGAUGAGAGCUUUGCUUGUCAGGGGUUGGGAGAGGGGGGUGUGUAUGCUGAGAUUAUGGGUGACCGUGGGCUGAGUGUGCAAGAUGGUGAGCCGAGGAUGAGGGGGAUGUAUUUGCAGCCUGCGCCGCUGUUUACGGGGACGGAUGCUGGUGGAUGGCGGUUGUCUGAUGAGAGCCGUUGUGAUGUGGUGGAUGUCUAUGCUAACCAGAGGAGGACUGGGCGGUGGAUUUGA